CACUACUAGUUUUUAACUCUAAUUAAGUAGAAAAUAAUGUAUGUAUGUAAUGUACAUUGAAUCAAGUAUGCUGUAAUUACGGGUAGCCUUGUUGGGCCGUCUGUGUCAAAUUUUGUAUCAGUUCAAAUCCGACAUUAUGAAGUGUAUCGUGUGUGUUUUCCUAUUCUAUUUAGCGGUGGUAAUGACCACUGAAGAAUGGCGAGAAGUGAAAAUUGCGCAAGGAACACUGCGCGGACGCAAACAUCCCGAAACGGAUGUAUUUGUCUUUUACGGUGUACCCUACGCCACCACCCCUGUUGGAGUCAAUAAGUUUAAGGCACCGCUUCCGCCUCCACAAUGGUCAGAACCGUAUGAUGCUAUCGAUGAAAAUAUUGCAUGUCCACAGCACGGAUUGUUAGGUGAAUACAACUACCAAAGUUUUCGUAUUGAAGAAGAUUGCCUUAUCGCCAAUAUCUAUGUUCCCGAGACAGACAAAAAGAAUCUCUCAGUUGUUGUGUACGUACACGGGGGCGGCUUCGUUUUAGGGUUUGGUAAUAUGAUCAAACCACUACAUUUACUAGAGAAGAAAGAUAUAAUUGCAGUCACAUUCAACUAUAGACUCGGUAUUCACGGGUUCCUAUGUCUCGGUACCGAGGACGCACCAGGCAAUGCUGGCAUGAAGGACCAGGUAGCGCUGCUAAAAUGGGUACAUCAGAACAUUGCUAGCUUUGGCGGUAACCCUGAUGACGUCACUCUCGUAGGUAACAGUGCGGGAUCUGCAUCAGUAGACUUACUAAUGCUCUCUAAGGCAGCCGAAGGAUUAUUCCACCGAGCUGUACCUGAGAGUGGCGGUAAUCUUGCUGCUUUUACAAUUCAAAGCGAUCCUGUGGAGAACGCCAAAUCGUUUCUGAGACAAGUCAACUACACUAAGGUUGACAAUAUUUGCGACAUAGAAGAGUUCUACAAAACAGCUCCACUAGAAUUAUUAAUUUCAGAUGCAUUUUUCGAAAGAACUGAUUCCACCUUCCUUUUCUCACCAUGCGUGGAACGCGAUACCGAAGGCGCAUUCCUAACAGAAGCCCCUCUGAGUAUACUAAAAAAAGGAAACUACAAGAAGUUACCUCUACUAUACGGAUUCGCUAAUAUGGAAGGUUUAUUUCGUAUCGAUUUCUUUGAUAGCUGGAAAAACAAGAUGAACGAGAACUUUUCUGAUUUCCUGACACCUGAUUUGAAGUUUCAAUCCGAAAGUGAAAGAAAACAAGUCGCUAAUGAGAUUAAAAAGUUCUAUUUUGGUGAGAAGCCGGUGGACAAUGAUAGCACAAUAGCCUUUGUCAAUUACUUUUCGGACGUUCUGUUUACUCACCCUAUACUCUGGGCAGCGAAGUAUUACGUCGAAGGUGGAAACAAGGAAGUUUACUUAUAUGAAUACUCAUUUGUUGACGAGGACUCUCCACUGGUACCUCACACUCAUUUACGGGGAGCAAGCCAUUGUGCACAAACAGCGGCAGUAGUAGAUGAUGAAGAUGAAAGCAAAUUGUCACAAAAAUAUCAGGAUAUGAAGAAAACUAUGCGCGAAAUCUGGUACAAUUUCAUUAAAACUGGAAAACCUGUACCCGAAGGUUCAUUAUUGCCUGCGUGGCCAGCAGCAGGACCCGACAGAUCACCAUAUAUGAAGCUGAAUGAAACGUUGGAACUAGGUGGGAUCCUCUUAGAAGAACGAACUCGCUUCUGGGACGAUAUUUAUGAAAAAUAUUACCGAGAACCCGAAGUGCCUCCAGCGUCACCGAAAUGCUAAGAAAAAUCG